AAGUUAAAGGCUGAAAUAGAGGUAUUAAAACGCCAGAGGAGCCUUAAAGAUUCCCGCCUUUUUCAGAUACGCAAUUUUACUACCGACGAGGACAUUGCCUUUUAUACGGGAUUUCCUAAUUUAGCAACAUUUAAUGUUGUGUUUGAAUUUUUAAAUACUGGAUCGAAAGGGGAAAACAUUAGGUACUGUUCAUCAAAAGAAAGAACUGUCCAAAAGGAGUUUUACGAUAGUGGAAACGAGGAACCAGAGGGAUGUACUAGCAUAGGUAGACGAAGAAGCUUAGAACCCAGAGAGGAGUUCUUCCUUGUUCUUUGCAAACUGAGAAGGGGAUUUCCAGAAAAACAUCUAGCUCACUUGUUUGGUAUUUCGCAGUCGACAGUAAGCAGAACAUUCCUUUCUUGGAUAAAUUACAUGUAUUUAAAAUUUGGUCAAGUAUCUAUAUGGCUUAAUAGGGAGGUUAUAAGAGCUACAAUGCCUGACAGCUUUAAAGAGAAAUACUCUUGCACCCGUGUAAUAAUCGAUUGUACAGAAAUUAGAUGCCAAAUGCCUUCCAGCCUUCUGUUGAAUUCCAAAUUGUUCAGCUCCUAUAAGAACCAUGUAACUCUAAAAGGCUUAGUUGGAAUUGCUCCCAGUGGAGCUAUGACUUUUAUCAGUCAGCUAUAUAGUGGAAGCAUUUCCGAUCGCGAAAUUGUUGAACGAAGUGGUUUCCUGAAGUUAGAAUUUGACAAUGGUGACACCGUGAUGGCCGAUAAAGGUUUGACAAUUGAAGACCUACUCCCA